AUCACUUUCUUCGGUGUUUCGGUGUUUGUGGCUGCAUUUCCCCGCCAGCCCCCGUCAGCGAGCUCUGUAAGAGGGCAGGGAAAGAGGGUUUGCUGGUGAAACAACCGUUUACGAGGUCUACAGUGGGGAUGGUAGAAAUUAAUCGAUCUCGCCCAGUUCUCCCUUGCGUGCCCAGUGGGUGCAGAAGGCUUCGGUAGCCCGCUGCCUUGCGUUACAUCUUAAGGUCAGGCACCAGCGAGAGAGCGAGCCUUUACAAACCAGUUCUCAAGAGAGAGAUAGAGAGAUAGAGUGGGAGCUUGACUUCGGAAGAAGCCGGCAAAACGGAGAUCAACUAACAACGGGCAGCAGCAACAGCAGCGAAAACAAAAAUGCAUCUCAGCAAAUGUCUUCCCUUCCAGUGUGCAGCACGACGACGCACAGCCCUAGUCGGUGUCUCAGGACAGAUCGCAACUCACAGUCGUCCGCAACGAGUCGUCCCAGGCAGACGUCAAGCACGGAGAGGUUUUUUUUUACUUCGUAUCGCACGCAAAGCUUAGGUCCUGCAGUCAGUUGAAGUUGUCAAACGGCAGAGAUUGUGUUCUCCCUAAUUUGUUUGCUAACGACAGUGUGACGCAAAUUAUCAGCGUGUUAUGCGUGAAAGUGCUGCCAGACAUUCGGAGCGUUCCUGGUGUGUUCUGCAACGCGUUUCUUGAACUCUUCCCUACACGAGGGUGGGUUCGGGGUCAUUAGUUGCCGUGUGCAUGUUCCUAUAUGUGUGCUUGUGUGCGUGUGUGUGUUCUUCUGUGUCCUGAUGUCAUUCACCACGAUUCGAUCCCUUUCGCCGCACGAUAUCAAUCGACAAACGUGUUGACGCAACCACGAACGCCUGAGAUCUGCUGAGACUCUGGGACGUUUUGUUGCCCACGCGAAGCUCGGUGCUGUGUGCUGUUUUGUUUGUGUUUGUAAAGGUGUCUGCGCAGAACUUGCCCGUGCGUGCAGUGCUCUGCAGCCAGCCGUAAUGGCAACGAUUACAACAAUUACGAAAAGUGGUCCCGGUCCGGCACCGGCCGUUCCCACGACGCCACAGUUCAAGAGCCAUGUGUACUCGAAGUACCGCGAGCUGCUCGGCUCGUACAAUGGCAAGGCGAACGAAAUACUGCAGACGUAUCCGGCGUACCGCGUCCGGGAGGAUACGGGAUUUGGCCUCGGUGGGGAAAACUACGGUGGACCCCCGCAGUCGACGAUCGGCAACUCGGCCCGCCGGAUACAGGCACAGCUGCCGGCGGAACCGCCGGCCUGCGUACAGAAUGCGAUGAUGCGGCGGGACAAGCAGCCGUUCACCUACACACCGGGCGGCAUCGAUCUGUCCCAGAUCAAAUCGCCCCGCAUGGCGAAGCGGAUAUCGCGCAACGCCAACUCGGAAGGUGUCACCGGCCAGCCCAAAGUGUCGCCAUUGGCACAGAACAAUGGCUCCAGCUACAGCAGCAAUGGCACUAGCAGCAGCAACGGCAACACCAGCUCCGUCUCACCGGCGGCAACGCUCGGUGCGGCGGCCAUGGGUAUGCCGUUUCAGGUAUUUCCUACGGGACCACCGGCACCUCCGCCACCGCCACCGCCAACGGGCCGCGUACUGCCCUCGAACGGUGGCAAUCGAUCGAUCCCGCCACCACCACCGCCGCCCGGUCCGGCCCAGCCCACCGCCAGCAGCUCGGACGCUCGCAAAUCCCCCCGACCACAGAGCUUCGAGCCGCCGCCGAUGGGCAUGCGGCCGGAAAUAAAGAUCCCCCCGAACCCGAUGGCCGCGUUGCGCAAAGCGCCACGACCCCAGCCGAAGAAUGACUUCUGGAUCGAGGAGUACCGGCGGGAGAAGCAGCAGGACGAGCGGCCGCAACAGAUUCCACGGCCCGUUCCGCCCAGCUACAGCUACACCAACCGAGAUCUGGACGACGAAGUUGCUAAAAACACAUUCAAUCGCACCGACGAGCUCACGGUCCGCGGGGACCACCCAUUGGCACAGCACCACCACCGCUCACCCAGCCCAUCCAAUCUAACUGUACCGCACGAGAGCGGGUCGCGCGGCUCAUCGUCGAUCAAAACGCCGCCCGUGUACGGGCAGAGUCCGGUGCCGGCCAACCUUCCACCACCGAUCACCCCGACCAAAGUGUCCGCCCAUCCGCCCGCCACCAAAGACUCGCCACCACCACCACCACCACCCGUUCGCCCCAAACCAUCCCUUUCGCCUGUGUCCACGAGUAAUCAGUACAGUGGCAGUACCACAUCAACACCACUACACCAGCCGGGGGGCGGCAGCGCUGGCAAGGAACAGACGGCAGGCGUCAAGGCCGCAGCUGCGCCUCCACCGCCGCCACCACCACCACAUGCAUCAUCCGCAUCAUCGUCACACAAAGACACAGCUCAGUCGUCCGGUGUGUCCCCAUCCGUGUCAUCCGCCUCAUCCUCCGGCUCCCCUAAUCAGUCCCCAACAUCGGCCAAACCGACUAGCACGCAGCGGCCGGCGGCACAGGCCCUUGGCUCGCUCUACAUACCGCCCAUACACGAGGUGUUUGCCAAUAGUAAGCAAAGUCUCUUAACCCAAGCGAGUCCGCCAUGGAUGUCGUCCCGGCACAAUAGCCUCAAGGAGCAGCCCGAAUGGGUACACAAGGACGAGCAGGACUCGACCACCAACACGAACGCCACUCAGUCACCGGAACAGUCGGUCGAACAGGAGCAGUCAUCGAAACCACCGGCCUCAUCUACAUCCGGGUCGCCGCGGGCGCCCAGUGUCGCGAAGGAGAGUGUCGCCGCCACUAGUAAACCGGUUGAUUCUAUCGUCACAGCACCGACCGCGGUGUCGGCUAGGCAGGCCGUACCGUCGCAACCGCUCACACCGAACAGCAACCGCUCGGCAGCACCGGCGGCCGAUGUGUCCAACCCGGUCCAGCACCAGCAGACUGGUACGGCGUCGGGGCAGCAGCAGCAACAGCAGUACGGAAGCCAGCAGCAGCAGCAGCAGCAGCAAACGGGUCGGGCCACCGGGGGCCUCCCAGCAGCGGGUACCGUGUCCAGCACGGUUACCAUGCCCGUGAACCGUGGCUAUCCACAGCAAGCACCAGUGUACGCGCAGGCACAACCCGUGUACUCCACUCAGUCGCCGGCAGGAACGCAAAAGGAACGUAUCAUACCGAUACAGAUCGAAAAGUCUCCGGUACAGGCGCCCGUCACUGCUCCGACGUUUGCACCGCCGCCCUACUACAGCCCCAGCGCUCAGUACGGUCCGGCCAGCGCGCAGAGCAGCAUGCAGUCCCCGAUCGCGGUCGGAUUUGCGACCCCGCACAGUGGAUUCACAACACCAACCGCCAUGUUUACCAAUCCGAACCAUUUCGUGAACCAAGGCUACAACAACAUCAGCUACCCGCCGACGCCGACCGGGCAGCCUCAUCCGCACUACCAGCACCAUCAGCACUAUGCGCCACCACAAACGCCACCGAUGCAUCAUCCGAUGCAUCCGCAGGCCCAGCAGCAGCGCAUGCAGCAGUCCACACCGACCCAGCAGGGCCAGCAGGUGACAAAUGUGCGCAUCGUACCGAUCAAGGUGGAAAGCGGUAGCGACCACACCACUGUCCGCGGACCACUGUCCAACACGCCGGCCAUCAUUCAAAGUGGCGAUCGUAGCUACGUCAUUCACGAUAUCCCGCUAGAGGCUAAGCUUCGCUUUCUUAAAAAUAGACUCAGCGAUCCUCGAAGCAGCAGCAACGCUCAGUCAUGGAAUGGCAACAAUGCACCGAACCAGUCGCGUUCGUUCCGGGUGCUGCAGCAAAUCACGGACACGCUGGACGAAGCCGAGGCCGAAAAGAAUGCCAAGGAACAGUCUAAUAAUCAGAGCGAUCAAGCCGACGGUGCCAAGCAGCAGUACAGUCGCUCGACCGCUCAACAGCAAGAUGCAGCCGAAGGACAGCUGCGUCGAUUACAGCUCAGCAACGAAGAUAAAGCGUUGAUGAAUAGAGUAAAAAAUCAAGGCUCUGGAAAUCGUGCGCAACAGAUGUUCAACAAAGCAAACUACAACGAUUCAGAUGGAGAUACGCAACAAUCGCAGCAGUACGUGCCGCCGAGCGAACAGAAGGUGGAGGAACCAAAGAAGUACACCGGCGGUUCCAUCCCGAGCCGCUCGUUCAAGAUGCUCCAGGCAAUGACGGACGCACCAGCCGAUCCAAAUUCCUCCGACAGUGAGGGCUGCCCUAGUGUAAAGCUGCCGCACGGCAGUGGCACAGACAUUCGAUACUCUCCCUAUCCCUAUCCUCCGCAACCCUACUACUGCUGUCCUAAUCCCAAUUGGCAUUACUACGAUCCCACCACUAACCCCCAGUACUAUCCCCCGCAUCAUCCACCACCACAUCCACCCCCGCAUGCCCCCGGGUACUACUACCCCCCUUUACCACCGCCCCCGCCCGGUCAUUACGAUCGGGGUGGCGGCUUUUACGGUGGAUACAUGUCACCGCACCACUUUUACUACGCACCGGAGCCCUGCUCUCCGUGCACACCGCCCCCGUACUAUCAGCUUGGCCAGCCGCAGACCGCGUACUGUGAGCCACUGCCAAGCGAGGCGAUCCACACGUACGUGAUCACGACGCCCCCGCCGCGUAUCGUUGUCACGCCAACGCCGGACGACUCCUGUUCGGACAGCGAGCUCCAGGCGAUCAAGGAGCAGCUGGGCGAGCUGCGCGAUGUACCGAGCGAGUUCGGCGGAGUCGAACCGGCCGAUUACGGUGGCCCCAUUCCGUUGGUGCGCUCGCAGUCCAGCCUGAAGCGGCUGUCGGAGCGGUUGAACAAUUUUAACAAUGGCGACGGCCAGGACGGUGGCUCCGCAAAGUCUUCUGUGCGCUGUUCGCCCUGUAGCCCGCUGAACGAGCGGUACCGUACGUACGAGGAGAGCACGUCCUCGGUGCCUUCGUCUCAGUCUGAGGCUUCAGACUCGGAGGACGAAGGUGCGCCGCGGUCGAAGACGGUGGGCUCAAGGACGCCAGUGCACGGUAGUGGCCGUGUGAAGGACGUGAAGGAGUCAGUUCGCGGGGAGAAAACACCCGAAAAGAAGGGACAGGAAGAGAAGGAUGAAGAGGAAGAGGAGGAUGAUGAAGAAGAGGAAGAUGAUGAGGAGGAUGAAGAAGAAAGUGAAGACGAAGAAACGGUUGGGUACGAGCGGCAGAACGGCGAUCCACAACCGGUCGAGGAACACUUGCCACAUCAGCUGAGCGUGAUCUUCGAGGAGGAAAGUGUGUACGGUCAGUCAACGGUAGCGAGCCGCCGAACGAGUGUUUGUAGCAACAGCUCCACACUCAGUGAUUGUUCCUCCACACUGGCUAACGAGUUGGAUGAUGAUAGAGACGAAAACGGACAGCCGAGUGGUAACCGUACGGACGACGAUAUUGAUCGGCUCGACGACACGGACAUGGUGGACAAGUCGCUAGUUUCAGUACGUCUACCGCUGAAGCUGUCAUUUAGCAAGUCACCCAACAAUGAGGAUAUUGCAACGCUAGUCGUUGGGGAAAGCGAAAUUACCGACACGAAGGAGAAACUUGGCGGAAGUAAACGAUCGGAACAAGCGCAGGAGGAAGAUAGUGGCGAAGAGAGCGAUACGGAGGAGGAGGAAGACUCCGAGGAAGAGAGUGAAGAAAGCUCGGAAGAAGAAACGGAAACGGAUGGCGAAGAGAAGGCAAACGAUGAGAAGAAGGAAAUUCAGGUUAGUGCAUCAACUGAGGAGCAGUCGAAUGAGGCAGAUACCGAUGUGACCGUUACCAUAACGAUACCGUCACUUUCGAGCAAGGGGAAAUUAAACGAGCGAGACAGCUCGAGUCGUCCAGAUGCGGCAAAGGAUCAGGUGCCCGUGAAAACGCCAUUUAAAAUUGAUUAUGAAGAAGAUUCUGAGGUGUCAGUGUCAGUCUCGUUACCACUAAAACCUAAGGGUAGCUCAUCGAGCGAUAUUGCGAAACAAUCUGAACAGGAAUCGUCAGUGAAAGAGGAGACGGAAACAGCUGACGCUGCUGAAGAAGAGGAAGAAGUAGACUUUUGGAGUCAGAUUGGAGAUGAAGAUGACUAUCAGCGACCGGUACGAUCGUACUCGAGAGAUAUGUGGAGUAGUCGCGAGUUUAGCGUCGAUCGGCAGAGUGUCUGGAGCCAAGAUGCAGAAGAGGAUGGUGAAGGGGCAAGCACUGACUUCUGGAGUGCUGAGAACGGCCCGACUGAGGCAUCGGAUAUGUGGAACUUUGGAAAACGUGAACCGUCACUGCCGUCAGCAGUGCAAGAGAGCAGCGGUGAUGUUGGUAAGGUUGAGAAGGAGGAAGAUAAUAGUAAGGACUCGCUGGACUACUGGCAGAAGGAGAACGAACGACUGGUUAAAGAUCUGUACGAACGUCGAGCGAGUGAGGUAGUGGUAGGUAGUGAACGAGGAGUUGCAUCCAGCGGCGGUAUUGCAAAGGAUGAGAAUAAUAAUAAGGCGUGCGUGGCACAACAGAACAACAAAACGGCGCAAAGCGAUCGUAAGACUGAAGAUCACAGUGCGGAAGAAGAGGAUGGUUCCGAUUCCGAGAGUGAUAAUGAUAGUGAAGAGUACGAAACGUCCAACACAUCGAAGGAAGACUCGGAAGCGGAGCAAGAUGUUGGGGAAGCUGUGCCAAAACAGGGCGAAGCUACAAAGCAGCUCAAAGAGGAAGUGACACAGGGUAUGGGCGGUAGCACUGCUACCGUCAGCAAUGAUGCCACAAAGGAUGAUACGUCGGCAGGUAUGAUCGACAAGAUGGAACGGGACAAGAAGCUGUCUGUGAAGGAGCGGAUAUCACUGUUCGAGACGCAGGCAGUGCCCUCGCUGGAGGUCGUAACGCCGAACGGGCGCGGUACAGCUAGCACUCCGACGAUCGGUAGCCGACUGCGACCACUGUCCCGACAGCGGCAGUUCUGCGAAGAGUCCGAAGCGGAGGACGACUCCGGCGUAACGUCGGACAUGAGCAAACACAUCUCGGAGGUGGAGACAGACUCCGAGUGCUUCCCGGAGAUGCGCAAGAUGACACGGUAUCAACGUGCGGCCACACAUUCCAGGUUAUUUAAGCUUUUGCAGGACGAAAGUAACAACGGUGAUAGCGACGAAGAGGAGGAGGAAGAGCAGGAGCAGGAGAAGGAAACUUGUAAAGAUAAGGGCAAUAAGCGGGAGCAGAAGCAUGGCAAGCACGCAACGGACGUGGCGCCUACGCACGAACCCACCGGUCCUAAGCCGGUCCAAUCCGUCACGAAUGGUCGUAAGGUAGCGUCGGAAGAGAACGGCAGCAUUCAGAACGGCAUCGCAGUGGAAGGAAGGCGCGAUCGCCUAACGCUCCCGAUCAGCCACCAAUCCUCGUCCGGCAACGAUAGCCUGUCCUCGUCUACCUCGUCGGCGUCUCCUGUAUCAGGAACGCUGCACAACGAAAAGCUUGCCGAAGAGCUAGUACAAAGUUUGCUGAUGAAGAAGAAGGGACGCCUGUUCCGCAAUCUGCCGCUGGAGAAGCUGCACGCUGCCGCCCUGAAGAUACUGCAGGAGGAUCUGGAAUCGAACGGUACGAUCAGCUCGACCGAGGACAACAUGGUGACGGUCGACUCGACGCCCGCAUUAACGCCGCAGGAGUUCAAGAGCGAGUACCCGACCUCGUACGCCGACUACUACGACACGUGGUGCAGUGAUUCGAUGCAGCCGAACGGGUGCCACUCGGACACUGGGUCCGACUGCGGGAUGGUGAAGAUGUUCCGCACCGUGCCGGAGCAUCAGCUGGCACUUGGCAAGAAGGAUUCGCGCAUGGGCAGCAAUGGGCAUUGGUCGCCGCGUUGUCCACGGGUAUUUAGCAACAAGAGCGUACCACGCCUGAUGGGUGUGCGGGAGGGUGCGGAGCUGGUGGAACAGUCGCGCGGCUCUCGGCCACCGUCCCGCGCGUCCAGCAAUCGCUCGCCGUUCACCGUAAUGAUGCCGGGCGCUGGCCAACCGUAUGGAACCGCCAGUCCGAUGGACGAGUGUCCUAGUCGAAGUGCUGCCAACCGACAGUUUAAACUGCAAUAGUUAUUGUAGAGUGUAUUGUGGAGUCGCCGCUAACACUGCCAACUACUGACAAUAAUUGCCGCCCACUGCCCCGCACAAACGGUGCCUACUGCGAUCGAAACGAUGGUGUGUGAUGAGCGAAACGAAACGGAAUGUGAACUGAAUUGGAAUCCGAGCUGAACCGGGCACUUAGUGUACUGUUUCGACGGCUAGUGUCUGCUGACGGACCGUACUGGAGGACGCAUUUAGUAGCGGCCACGCACUUGGUGUACAUAUGUUUCUAUGUGUAUAUAUAUAGGAGUAUAUCUAUGAGAUGAAAUGCUACUCUCGCGCAGGGGUUGCCUCGUAGAAACAGGCACACAAAACACACGCACACACCACUCACCAGAAUUAGGACGUGGUAGCUGACAUUGGUCGCCUACUGCAGCUCUCACAGUCUCAUAUCCCGUCACUCUCCUGCCAUCAUAAUUAGACGAUCCCUCGAACCUUCCUUCCCUAUUUAACGCCACUCUCCCAAUCCAGGCAUGUGUACCCUGUUGCUCUAUGUUUGUGCUAGUAGGUCUCAUGUUUGCCCCAUUUCUGGACGCGUUCGCCACGACCAUUGGCUUCAUUGGCUACGACCGCGCGGAAGCAGAACGCCCAUUUGAAAAGAAAAAAAAAAACAUACAAACCAAUCUGUUGUUCAUCCCGCUCAGUACCAAGUACCAUCUGCUGCUCCACAUCGCCCCCAAAAAAAAACAAGAAACGAAAAGCCCAAAAGCACUGCAAAAUUGUUCGAAAAUGCGAAAAUCAAACACCCCAAAAUCUAUCCCAUCAAGAUUUGCGAGAAACAGACCAGCGUAGCGACGCGAAGAGAAAACAAUAAUCAAUCUGUGUGUGUUUGUGUGUCUGUGUGUAUAUCUUUCGAAAUUUACACAAAACUUCAGCAGCGCUAACGUUUCCUUUUGAUCAUCGAGGAAAAAGUCCUUUUGAUCGGAGGCAAAGCGUUCUGUGCGUUGUACAUACGGUGUCUUAGUGAUGCUUGUUUGUUAAUUUCAUUUUCUUCGUCCUGUACAAAAAUCCAUCACCAACAAUUUCGCAAUGUUUCUUUCCACAAACACACACGCGCACAUAAUCCCGAGCCAAGAUCGUUUCGACACUGAAUGUGUGUAGUAGCGACCAAAUGUAAAGGCGAAUCUGCGUGUCUGAAAAGUAAUAGUCCCGGUGAAACUGAUUUCUGAUCCACCAUAACGCAACGCACAGGACAGCUUACAACAAAAGCAAAAAUGUUUAGAAUGUUUUAGUUAGAAUAGUAUGAUAGCCAUUGUCUCUCCUUUAGUUGAGUGAGCUUUCGUUUUUAGUGUUUGUUUGUUUCGGCAAUUGUAAAGCAAUGAUAAUGGUUUUUUUUCUUCGUUUUGCAUCCACUAUUACAGUUUUCGUACAUUCGUAGCCCUUUUUCCGCUGGUUUUGAGUUGCAAUCAUCCUAGAGAAUGUGUGCUAGCUUCUCGCCUCAUCCUAUUCUCAGUUCUCGAUGAAAAACUGUCAAAGUUUUUGAUAUCCUAUGUUACUGUUAUGUUACUGUUCUUUCUUUUUUUACCAAAAAAAAAAAAACGGCAGCAAAAGCUCGAAUGUACUCAUAGCAUUUUCUUAUUGUAUGUCCUACCAACAUGAUGAUGUAUACAUGAUGGUAGGCAUACAUGAUGUAGUUAAACAAAAUGAAUGUUCGAAGUCAAUUAAAGUUUAUACAAGAAUAGUAACAAAAGUAGAAGGAAGGAAAAUAAUGGAGAGCUUCCACACUUUUUAAAUUUUUGUUUGCGCAACUUGAAGGCUACAUUUAAAGCUUUUUUAGCUACAUUAAAAAAAAUUUCUUAAAUAACAUUUUACUGGUGCCAACCGUGCCAAGUUAGUGUAGGAGAAAGUACUAACAACGCAGCAGUGGAAGGUGAAGAAUCAUACUUAUAAUCCCGUUUUGUUGUGAAUUAGUUUGUAACCGUAAUCCUGUUUCUCGCGUUAUCUUGAAUUUUGAUAUGGUUUGUGAUUGAUCUUUUGUGGAGUGAUUGAACUACUCCUGCUGUGGAGCGACUGAGUCAGGCGUGUUGAGGUGUGCUUUUAUAUGUUUUCGUUUACUUGUGGUGCAGCUAUGUAAGAAAGUGUUAGUUGAAACAACAGAUGGAGCCAUAUGGAGUGUCUCUACAGGCUAUCGAACAGACAGGAUGUGACGAAGAUGAACGAGGAUUGGUAGAGAUCAAGCGUAUAACACUUUCAAGCUCCAGAACUCCAUCCGCCUUAAAAUAGGCAAUCAAUGGGCACGAAUGGGCAAACAGGAUCGAACCACACAGCUUAUUGUGCUAAUUAUUUUCAAAACGAAUGAACAAAAAAAGAGAAAAAAGUAGAAGAAUUUAAGAAAUGAAAUCAAUAACGAUAUUUGUUGCAUCGAGAUAUUAGCAUUCGCUUGAAGAAUGAGGAACUCUUAACGAGCCAUGGUUUUGUUUCUUAACGCGUGCACACUAUAAGUAAGAUUGUAUUGCCUAUGAUCUGUAAACAAGCACUUAUAAUAUUGUUUUAUUUUCGCUAUUGAACAAUAAAGAAGAAAUAUGUUACGAA